CUGCCCAGCCUGAAAUGAAACUCUGCUCAGUUAAAGCUGAGAGACUCACUGAGAGAAGCUACUCGAUCCACAGUUCAUCUUCAUCUUCUCCACCCUCCACCUCAGAUUUUCCCUCAUGGCAAAUCCCACCAAGAACUCAGCAACGGCCAAGAAUGUGGCGAUCGGGCUGCUGUCGGUCUGGUCCCUCGUCUCGCUGGUCACCAUCGUGGUGUGGUCGACCUCUCCGGACCUGAAGGGCUCAGCCCAGUGCCGCACUGAGCUGCAGGAGAUGACGGAGAAGCUGGAGGGGGCCAAGGUGGUGUUUAACAAGGACAAGGUGGCACUGGAGGAGAUGGUGGAGGAGGAGAGGGGGAAGCAGGCCAAGCAGAGAGGAGAGAUCCUGGUGCUGGUGGGACUCCUCAACGCCACCAAUGCCACUCAGGAGAAGUGCUGGGAGGAAAACGUGGUCCUGAACGCGAACAUCAGCGCGCUGCAGGAGGACUUUGAGCAGCUGCAGCAGAAGGAGGCGAACCUCACGGCUCAGCUCGGCCUGCAGGAAGAGCACAUCGAGGCCUUGCAGCAGAACCUGACCCAGGCCGCCCUUCAGACCCAGUCCUGUUUGAAUCUGAAAGAGGCAGCCAACAGCCAGAUGUUGGCGGCUCAGACUAAGACCGAAGCCUGCGAGUCCAGUCAACAGUACAUGCAGAAACAGCUUCAAAAGUGUAAAGUUGUAGAAUCUGAGGCUGCUCAGAAGACACAGCAGAAGCACCCAUCGCCUCCCUCCCCCACCCCAUCCGACGUAGCCGCCGCUCCCCUCGCUGGUAUUCCUGCGCUGACGCUGCUCGCCUUCGGUACUCUGCUUCUAAUAACCUGAGUUUGUCAUGAAGGAGAGUGGAAUCCGGUGGCGAGCACUGUGGUCCAGAAGGAGGCGGAGCCAGGACCAACAAAGACUGCUGUACAAACUUCCUGUCUGCACAAAAAACAGGUCGCCAUGGAGAUGCUGAUAAACGCUUGGACGCAGACUUUGCUUUCCUCCACAUCUGAGAUGUUUGAUGACCGUCGGACUCUUUCUGUCUUUGGAGCAGCUUCUAACACACAGUCCGUCUCCACGACUGAGAUUUUUUUGUUGAAUCUUCAGCUGUAAAUCAGACUGUGUGAACAGAUUCAUUCUGCUUUUGCGCCUGUUUUCAUUGACUUUAAUUCUUUUGUGCUUUUUAUAAACGCAACAAACUCACAGCCUGAAGCUUUUAUCACUGCAGCAGACCAACGGCUCAACUUCUAGAGGCUUUUAUUAAAUUUUUAUCUGAUGCUGGUUUGAUGGACGUAGGGAGCUCAGGGUGGAUGUGUUUAUUUGAAUAAACCUGAGCAGUUUCUACA